CUAAAAAAGUAGCGAAAAGACAUAGUAAAGAGCAAGAAGCUGUAGUUGCUACCACAAUGGAUGACAGAAGCAAUGGACCCAUCAGAAUUUUAGGUGCAGGUUCCAAUACUCGACAAGUUGAAUCACCAAAUGUAGAUGGAGACUCUAGUCAAGAACCGAAGAAGAAAACUAGGGGGCCGUCAAAAUUAAAGAUGCAUGACAAAGGAAAACAAAAGUGUGAUGAGAUCGACUUCAAUGAAAGGAACCAACCGAUAGGACCUGAAUCGGUACAAUUAUGAACCUUAGAAGGGAUCUUAGCUCGAGAGUUGGUGCCAAUUAACAUAGAUUAUUGGGUUGAUGUUCCAGUUGAGAUUAAGGAUAAGUUAUGGGAUUGUGUGAAGCUUAGAUACAAAAUGCAUGAUAUCCACAAAACACAUGUGAUGCAAAAGUUUGCAAAAUUGUGGCGCAAUCACAAGUCUGAACUAUCAAGAAAAGUAAGAACUCUUGCUGCAACAGGUAAAGGUCAUUUAGCAAGUAAUAUUGCCCUCACCAAACCUGAUAACAUUGGAAUGGCUUAAUGGAAGACAUUUGUGAAAAAUCGACUUUCAAAAGGCUUUAUUGAAAAGAGUAACAAAUUCAAAGAUAUGAGGGCAAAGCAAAAUGUCUUACACACCAUGAGUCGAAAAGGUUAUGCACGAUUAGAGGAAGAAAUGAAAAAUCAGAGCCCACACCCAGAUUCUAUAUCUAGAAUUGAUGUUUGGAUUAAAGGACAUACAAGGAAGAAAGAAAAACCUGUGAAUGAAGUGCUUCAGGCAGCAGUGAAAAAGGUUGAAGAGCUUCACAAGCCUUCUACAAAAGAAGGCCCAAUGUCUACCAAAGAUGAUGCAAUUGUUCAUGCGUUUGGUCCAGAACGCCGUGGUAGUGUACGAGGGCUUGGAUUUGGAGCAUUGCCAUCGAAAGUUGAUGUACAAGUGUACCAAAAUCAAAACGUGAGAAAACUAAAUCAACAAAUGCUGCUUUUACAACAAGAACUCCAAGAGAUGAGAGCUGAAAUUUUAAAAGGAAAGAGGCAAAAUGAGGAACCAAGCGAAGAUGCAAUGGGUAGGAAACGUUCUCAUGGAGAAACCUAGGUAAAAUUGCCUUAAAUCAUUUGAGGGAAAGUCUUUUUUUGAAAAAUAGCUUUCAUGUCAGUUUAGUUUAAAAAUAAUAAAAUUGUGUUGAUAUGUGUGCAUAGGAAUUUAACAAGAUUUCAAGAAAUCAAUCUCUUUGACAAUGAAUCAAAAUAGAGUUUGUUACAGAUAUUUAUAUCUUCUAAUAUAGCUGAUUAGUCACUAAUUCUAACCAACUAUAAUAGUAUCUCAUUAGUCACUAAUUCUAACAAAAUAAAAUAAAACAUAUACAUAUAUUAUAAUAGAGAAUAGUAUUUCAAGCUUUUGUAAUAUGUUGAUUUGUCUUCAUAUAUAGCAAGAUUUUUAUAGAAGGAUAUUUCACAAAUUUUUUAAACAAAUUAAUUACAACUUGUAGGAGCCAAGCAAAGGGACAAAUGACAAGAAACAUUCUUAUAGACAAAUGCAAGUAAACUCGCACAUUUCUCAUGCUUGUACUUUUGCUUGCUUCAUUUUCUACUCAACCUUUUGUCAUUUUUGCAUAUGGAUCCCAUCAUAUAUUAAAUUUGAGUAAACAAAUACUUCUUACGAUUGUAUUACAAUUUUUUUAGGGUAAGAAAAAUAGUGCAAGUGGUGAACAUAGGGUGCACAAAGGUGGUGAACAUAGGAUGCACUCACAAGAAAAUAUUUGGGGUGAUGAAAAUAACGAAGGCUGUGAAAAUGAAGACAUUUGGUUGCAUGAUGAGAAUGAAAUUGGAAAUGAUGGAUCUAACUUGGACAAUGCCAAAUGCAAAUUGUUGUAUUGGGGUGGGACAAAGGUGGUGGUUGCGGAAGGCACAAUUGCAUCAACAGAUUCUAAACAAUUGGUACAUCACGUGCCUCUUGGCCCUGGGUGUUGGAAAGUGUGGGUUAAUCAUGUCAAAGUCAAUGCACCAUUGUUUCGCCCUAAUCGUGAGAUGUUUGUACUUGAGGAUGCUAUUGGAAGCACUAUUGCUUGGCCAAACCAUUUCAUCAGCUUUGAUUUUGAGUAGAAAUUCUAAUAUCUAUGGAUAAUUUUUGAUAUGACUUUGAUGCUUUUGGAUAUAGUUUUGGAUAGUUUAGAAACUCUAACAUCUUUGGAUAGUUUUGGAUUUUGUUUAGAAACUUGUAUAUGAUAUAAUUUUUGGAUGGUUUAGAACUUUUUGGACAAUUAGAAGUUAAGGAUAGUUCUUUUUGAGUGGUUUUGAAUUAAGGUUAGUUUUUGGA